CGCGAUCAAUCGUUUCAACCGGCUCACGAGUCACGCCUUAUAGCCUUACUUGUAUUAUUUCUUCCUCUUUAGCCUUUUUUUCGGCCGAGAUGUCCUUUCGGCGAGGAUUGGCCCUGUUUAGUCGAAGGAUAGGCCACACCGGUGUAAAAAGGGGUGCCGCCGUCCUCGCAGCCCGUCUGGAAAAGAUCGGCCAGCCGCUCGACCUGGAGAACGUCAAUACGGCCAAAAUCGGACCAGGGCAGGUCAAGAUUGACGUGCACAAUUGUUCUUUGAACGCGUCCGACUUCCUCCUAAGUCAGGGGAGCAACCCGGGCAAGUUCAAGCUGCCGAUCGUGCCGGGCUACGAGGUGAGCGGGGUCGUGAAGGAAGCGAAGGACUGCAAGACUGUACGCGAAGGAGACCGGGUCGUCGCCCUCAGCAAGGACACCCUGGGAGGCUUCUCGACCGAAUGCGUCGCAGAUGAAAACGACGUCUGGCUUCUCCCGUCCAACUUGGACUUCGAGAAGGGCGCGGCCAUUGCGGACGCAUUCGGCACCGCCAUCAUCGGGUUGGUCUACAGAGGACACCUUUCGGAAAAGAAGACAGUACUGGUCACCCUAGCUCCCGGACACGGGUUCGCUCAGCUCGAGUUAGCGGCCAGCGUCUACAAAACCAAGGUUAUAGCAGUGUGCAUGAACGAGAUGGAUACACAGCUCCUCCGGGACCGUGGAGCUUGGACGUCCAUGUCCUACGACCCGCAGGAGAUGGUCAAUGCCGUCAACAAGCUGACCAAGGAUAAAGGUGUCGACGUCAUAUAUGACACACUCGGCGGUGACGUCCUCAAAACCUGCCUCAAAUGCAUAGCGUACGAAGGCAGCGUGAUCAUAGCCGGCUACACGUUACAGGACUUGCCGUUGGUGAAGAUCUCGCACCUGCUCGCCCUGCCUCCUUUCAACUUGAGCGGCGCCUCCCUUACAAGCUAUAGGAAGCACGCCUUCGAUAUCUACAGGCAAGCCGUGACUGACGUCCUCGACAUGCACGACCAGGGUUUAGCGCAGCCGACCAUCGCGGCAACCUUCCCGCUCGAGCAGGUCAACGAAGCAAUCGAGAUGUUUAAAACUAAACAGCCGAUCGGCAAGAUUAUACUCGCCAUGAAAAACGCCUAGUUGCUCUACAUCACCAAAGAACACCGCCAAAAAAUGGAAGAAUUUUAGCCAGUUUUAUGUACAUUCAUGUUUUGUUUUUUAAAGUAAAAUAUAAGCAGUUUUUUUUA